AUGAAUGGGCUACGAGUACCGGACGGACGAGCUUUCCAGCGGGGAGGGGGUGUGCGUGGCCACCUUGACCUUGGAUUUGAGUUGACGAGGGAGAAAAAGGAAAAAGCUUGGGCUCAGCCUUCACCGGAGACUCUCGCUGCCGGCUGGCGGUGUUCCCAGACCUUUGCAAAAGGCGCCAGCCACCAGGAGGUUGAAUUCAGCCUAACUCGUGGCAGCACACGUGCUUGUGUAAGGGCAGCUAUUUUUGGCCCGCUCAUGACGCCCAUUACGAAAGCGAUGCCAAAGAAACGGAUCGGUAGUGCUCGGGCCUGUGAUUGGCCUUCUCCCGCCCAACUCCCCCAAAUCCCUGCUCCUCUGGACUCUGGACCUAUUGCGCCUGCGACUAACUUAGUGCACUGGCGAUAUUGGGAACAGCGCGCGUUGCUCUCCAACAAUCCGGCAAUGGGCUCCUCCAAAAAGAGCCGCGGACAAGCGCCUAGCACCCCCAAUCACGCCAGUCCUACACGCGGACACAGCUUUGGGUGA